AUGGAGCCCAUUGCAAUCAUUGGGCUGGCGCAUCGCUUCCCAGGAGGCGCCAACACACCCGCCAAGCUCUGGGAGGUUCUCAACAGCAGACGAGACCUAUCUCGAGAGCCAGACCCAGAUCGUCUGAACCUCCAAAAGUUCCACAACACCAACGGCGAGCACCAUGGCAGCUCGAACGUCACCAAGUCUUACUUCCUCGAGGAGGACCCGCGUCUCUUCGACACGACGUUUUUCAACGUCAGUCCUCUGGAAGCGGAAGCCAUGGACCCGCAGCAGAGGCUCCUCCUGGAAACGGUCUACGAAGCCACAGAAUCGGCCGGCACGCCCAUUGAGAGGUUCCAGGGCUCGCGGUGUUCCGUGUUCGUGGGCGUGAUGACGGGCGACUACGAGACGAUCCAGUACCGCGACACGGAAGACCUGUCGCACUACACCGCCUCAGGCACGUCGCGCGCCAUCCUAGCCAACCGCAUUUCCUACUUUUUCGACCUUUCCGGAUCGUCAAUCUGCCUGGACACGGCCUGUUCGUCGUCGCUUGUCGCGAUGCACCUCGCCGUCCAGGACCUCCGCAGCGGCGCGGCGGAGACGGCCGUCGUCGCCGGGACUAACCUCAUCUUCGGGCCGGACAUGUACAUCAGCGAGUCGAAGCUGCGGAUGCUCUCGCCGACGGGGAAGUGUCAGAUGUGGGAUGCCAUGGCGGACGGGUAUGCUAGGGGCGAGGGCGUGGCGGCCCUGCUGCUGAAGCCGCUGAGCAAGGCUUUGCGGGACAACGAUCCCAUUCAAGCUGUGAUUCGCAACUCGGGUGUCAACUCUGAUGGGCGAACGCCGGGGAUCACGAUGCCGAGCGCCAUGGCGCAGGCGAGAUUGACGACGGAGACGUACCGAGCCGCGGGACUGGAUCCGUCAAAGGAGGAAGACAGGUGUCAAUACUUUGAGGCACACGGCACCGGAACACAGGCUGGUGACCCUACAGAAGCCAGAGGCAUUCUUGAGAGCUUCUUCGCAGACAAGGGUGCUGCAGACACAGAACCCGCAACCACAGCAGUGGAAAUCGGCCUGGCUCGGAUGCUGCAAACUAGCGGAAUCAAGUUCAGCGCUGUGGUCGGUCACUCGUCGGGCGAAAUAGCUGCAAUGUACGCGGCCGGCAUUCUCUCCUUGUCCGACGCCAUCCGCGUUGCCUUCUACCGAGGUGUCUACGCCAAGUUGGCAGGCAAAGGCUCCAUGAUGGCGGUAGGAAUUAGCGGCGAAGCAGCGCAAGACUUCUGCCGCGAGGCACCAUUCAAAGGCAGGAUCUGUCUUGCGGCGAAGAACUCCCCUUCUAGCAUCACACUCUCCGGCGACGUUGACGCCAUCCAGAAAGCCAAGGAAGUUUUCGACAACAGGAAGAUCUUUGCCCGCGUGCUGAAGACCGACAGGGCGUAUCACUCGUCGCACAUGGAGCCUUGUUCCGAGGCCUACCUCAAAGCGAUGCGAAAAUGUGGAAUCUCGCCCCUGAAAACGGAGAGUAAAUGUGUCUGGGUCUCAAGUGUAGAUGGAACCGCGAGCCGAUACUGGGAUCAGAACUUUGACGAUCUGAGCGGGCCUUACUGGAUCGAAAACAUGGUGAAGCCUGUGCUAUUUGCAGAUGCAGUCACAACAGCGCUGACCAACGGCGGUCCGUUCGACGUCGCGAUCGAGGUUGGACCGCACCCUGCGCUGAAAGGGCCGGUGAACCAGACUGUACGACCGCAUCUGGGGAAGCAACUCCCGUACUGCGGCAGCAUUAACCGAGGUGAGGAUUGUGUUGUCAGCAUGAUGCAGCUGCAAGGUUUCUUAUGGUCUCACUUUGGUGCGCAAGUGCUUGACUUGAACCAAUAUCAACGCUGCUGGCAUGACGAAGUUCCAACGCACAAGGUUGUCGACAAUCUCCCCACCUAUUCUUGGGACCAUGGCGCACCCAUAUGGCGUGAGUCAAGGCUCUCGCGCAAUCACCGACUACGCUCCAGUGGAAACGAGAGCAUCUUGCUGGGCCACCGGCGCCCCGAUGACUCGGAUUGGGAACCGCGUUGGCGCAACUUCCUGAGUCUGAAGGAGCUCCCGUGGCUGCGGGGUCAUUCGUUCCAGGGAGAGGUGCUAUUCCCCUCGGCUGGAUACAUCGCGAUGAUGCUCGAGGUGGCGCAGUUCCUCAGCGGCGACAAGCACAUGUCGCUGAUUGAGAUCAAGAAUCUCACCCUCGAGCGGCCACUCAAGGUAGAGGAGGGGCCCAGACCAGUCGAGAUGCUGACAUCGGUCAAU